CCAAGCACAGCAGCCAAUGUUGCCCUGCCCACCCGAAAUGACUUCUUCUCUCGGCCUCGUCUUACAAUAUCCCGGUGCCCUACCUUUACGGAUACUUCUGUAAUCUAUCAUACCACAGAACAACUUGUUAUGAACCGUAUGGCCUUCAGAUACGUCCCAGCAGGCGUUUCUCCCCCUGGUUCUGCCCUCCCAUGUCGAACAAUCGAAAGUUUACCCACGAGCUACAGAGUCAGCUGGGAGGAUCGCAGCUCUUUUGUCAAGGUCACUCCUGAUGGCCUGGGGUUAAUUGGUGAAAGAGGUUUCAGGAGUGCGCGAUGUAAUGCACCCGUCCGUGAGGGCAAGUGGUAUAUGGAGGUUCGCGUCGAGGAUGGCGGAGGAGAUCGCUCUACUCAUGCCCCAGAUAUCAGCAUGCGUCAGGGAAGUCAUGUCCGACUUGGCUGGGCGCGACGAGAAGCGCCUUUGAAUGGUCCAGUUGGCCUAGACGCAUAUUCGUACGGCUAUCGCGACAAAAAUGGUGAUAAGGUCUAUCUAUCACGCCCUCGCCCUUACGGUCGUUCCUUCCGUAGUGGGGAUGUUAUUGGCAUGUACAUAUCCCUUCCACCUCGAUGCAAACCUGAUCCCCGUGACAAUAAUGACCCCGCACAUAUUCGACGCGAACGCAUCCCUAUCGAGUUCAAGGGCCAGGAGUAUUUCGAAAGUCUCGAGUAUCCUCAGAGCAAAGAGAUGACCGCUCUUAUGGACUUCUCCAAUAAAUCAAGUAAUACGGCAUCACUCCCAUCUGCCUCUUCAAACAAGAAGGCUGCAUCAACAAAAAACCUCCCAGAGCGAGGCGCACGUCCUGGACAGGUACCAGAAGCUCCCGUUCUCCGCCCUCUACCAACCUUGUCAGGUUCUCACGUCGCGUUCUUCGUCAAUGGCGAAUGUCAAGGCAUUGCGUUUGAAGACCUAUUCGAUUACCUGCCUUUGCGCACGACGCCUACAUCGAGGAAGAAGGAAAAGGACAAGAAACGAGCGCGUGAAGGGGCCCCUCAGGAACAUAAAGAAAACCCUUUUGAUGACGGAACGCUGGGGUAUUACCCAUUCAUUUCCUUAUUCAACUAUGCCCGCGUGCGCUUAAACCCAGGCCCAAAUUUUGACUUUCCGCCUCCCCCUGACAUAGACAGUGUGCUCAAGAACACUGAUCAUAAUGUAAAUCAAGCUCAGACUUGGCGUCCCAUUUGCGAGCGGUACCCGGAAUUUAUGAAGGAGCAAUGGGAUCUGGACGAUCAAGAAGAAGAAGAGGCUGCACUGGACGCGGCCAAAAGAGUCGAAGUCGAGAAAACCGAGGCACAAAAGAAAGCGCAGAGGGAAAAAAGCAGACAGCAGACUGAAGCUCGGAAGAGGGCAAAGAAACAUGCA